GACCAAAGCCAACGGGCCGGGAGAAUCGGGAACAAUUCCGAAGGCUUCUCGUCCGCUGCCGAUGCUAGUCCCGGUGGUAAAUUACCGGUAAUACCAGGGCCAAUUUACCAAAUACCGUACGAGCAGUAAAAUUCAGGCAAAGAACCACAACACUUUGCCCCGUUCUUUUUCCCUUUGCCAGCUUCAACUCUGGCCGACCAACAUCAGCAUUUGGGGCAUGCCACAUUCAAGAGCCUCCACAUUAUUCUGCGCCCUCAAUUUAACCCCGCAUCCCAUGCCCUCCUUCCCCGUCAUGAGAGCACAUGUCCACAUUCCCCAACCCAUCGGCAGCCCUUGACUCCGUUCGGGUAGGGUUGUGGGGUCGGCUUCCGAUGGCGGCAAAAGGGCUGGGGACACGCCGGGCUGCCAGUACGACUUGUGGGGAAUUGGCUGGUUGGCCCUGGGCGGUGACCUCCGGCUAAGCGUUUUUUUCGGCUUCUAUUGCUCAGCUCCUAGCCGAAAGCUUCCUUGCGGAAUGGGGUCAACUUUCGCGAUCAUGGACGCUUCUUCUUUUCUUCUUUUCUUUCUGCUGGCUCAGAAAGCACCCUCCUCAGUGAUCUCUCAAGGCUAGUCGACACCAUCAUGUCGCGGUCUUUCCCUGCGGUGUCGGUGUUCCGCCCCGUCUGGCGGCGGAACUUCUCUGCUUCAACUUCCAAGCGUGCCAUUGACAAGCGCGCCAGCUCUGCUGCUGAUGCGAUCAAGAACAUGAAGGGCCCGGCCACCGUCCUCGUCGGUGGUUUCGGUUUCUCUGGUGUCCCCAACACUCUGAUCAACGCCGUCCGUGAUCGUCCCGAUAUCAAGGAUUUGACCGUGGUCUCGAACAAUGCUGGUAUGCCCGGCGCUGGUCUCGGCCAACUCCUUGAGUCCAAGCAGAUCACCAAGAUGAUCGCUUCCUUCAUUGGCGAGAACAAGGUGUUCGAGAAGAUGUAUCUUACCGGUGACCUUGCUCUGGAGCUUACUCCCCAGGGCACCAUCGCUGAGAAGUGUGCUGCUGGAGCGGCUGGCGUUCCGGCUUUCUAUACCCCCGCUGCUUUUGGUACUAUCGUGCAAACUGGUGAACUCCCCGUUCGUUACAACAAGGAUGGCUCUGUGGCUGAAAAGUCCAAGCCCAAGGAGACCCGCGUUUUCAACGGCAAGGAAUACCUUUUGGAAGAAUCGAUUUUCGGUGACUACGCUCUGGUUAAGGCUCACAAGGCCGACAAGCUCGGUAACUGCCAGUUCCGCAAGGCCAUGAACAACUUCAACGAGGCUAUGGGCAAGAACGCCAAGUUCACCAUUGUCGAGGCCGACGAGAUCGUCGAGGUUGGCGAGAUUGACCCCGAGAACAUCCACCUGCAGGGCGUCUACGUCGACGCUGUCAUCAAGAGCACUGAGAAGACGCAGAUCGAGAAGGUUACUUAUGCCAAGGACCCCUCCGAGAUGCUUGCUGCUGGCUCCAGUGAUGCCACCGCCCGCCGUGAACGUAUUGUCAAGCGUGCGGCCAAGGAGUUCAAGGACGGCAUGUACGUCAACCUUGGUAUUGGUAUCCCUCUGAUUGCCCCGUCCUACCUCCCCGAGGGUGUCGAGGUUGUCCUGCAGGCUGAGAACGGUAUUCUGGGUCUGGGUGGCUACCCCCAGCCCGGUCAGGAGGACCCCGACUUGAUCAACCCCGGCAAGGAGACCGUCACUCUGGGCCGUGGUGCUUCCCUGUUCGGCUCCCACGAGAGCUUCGGUAUGAUUCGCGCUGGCAAGAUUGAUCUCACCAUGCUUGGUGCCCUCCAGGUCAGCCAGUACGGCGAUCUGGCCAACUUCAUGCUUCCCGGUAAGGUCAAGGGUAUUGGUGGUGCCAUGGAUCUGGUUGCCAACCCCGAGAAGACCAAGGUUGUUGUCACUAUGGAGCACACCGACAAGAAGGGUAACCCCAAGAUUCUGGCUGACUGCACUUUCCCCCUGACUGGCCCCCGCUGCGUCUCUACCAUCAUCACCGACCUGGCCGUCUUCGACGUCAGCACCACCGAGGGUCUGACCCUGAUCGAGCACGCCGAGGGCGUCACCGUUGAGGAGAUCCGCAGCAAGACUGCCGCUCCCUUCAAGGUCGCCGAGGACCUCAAGCCUAUGCAGCUGUAAAUGCAUGGGAAAAUUUAUAAACCCCAUUAGACCUCAUGUUUUGGAUACGGUGUCUGUUAUUUUUGCGCAUGUCAAUACUCCCUGUAAAUUGUGAACAUUGAUCCUUUUUCAUCUCUUCAACUUGGAACUUUAAAAUA